AUGCGAGGUCGCAAGUUUAACUCUCAAUUGAGGUCGCGUCAACGAGUGAAAGCGACGGCAGUGGCGUUUGGGGUGGUUAUAGUAAUCACGUUCGGACUUCUUUGUGUGUUGAGUCGUUUCUCCGAGCUAAAAGGAGAAGACGAAGCUUAUCACAUGACGCGAUAUCAACAAGCACUAGACCAAAGUGAAGAAAAAAAGAGAGAAUUUCAGAGCACAAUGCCAGUUGCAAUGCCACCAGCGAAUACUCCGUCAACCACUCCAGUGCACCAAGUCACACGACAACUUCUGCUGGGCCGGAUAAUAGGAGCCCUGUUUUCAGCAACACCACCGAUGCAGAAGCGGAAUCCGAUGAUGCAGAGGCAGAGAUUGCGCACAAGGCCACGAGCAAAUACGUUUAUGGCCCCAGCGUCCCUCGAAGCUGAGGAUGCAGCAGGUAGUGCUGCAAUGUCAGACGACGCAGAAGUCGGCGACAUAGACGCCCGAAUGCAUAAUGGUGAGUGGGUCUUUGCUCCCCAAGAGACCGAAGCCAGUGGUAGCGAAGAUAGCGACAGCAGUGACAGUAACGACUGCAGCAGCGAAGACAGCGUGGACAGUAGCAGCAAGGACAGCGACGACAGUGGAAGUGACAGCAGUGACAGCAGUGACAGCAGCGACAGUGUGAGCAUAAGCUGCAAUGAAACCACGAGCAUCAUGAGCAAAUGGUAA